AUGAGUUGGGCAAGGGUCCCGGCCGCCACCAUGGAUCGACACCGAUUCUUGGGAGGUCCCGCAGCGUGCCUGGGAGAGCAUGCAGGAAAGGAAAGCCAAAACAAAGUCGACCUUGUCCAUCUUCCUUACGCUAGGGGUGCAACACCCCGUCUCCCCGCCCGCCUCGACGUCAUCGUCGUCGGCGCCGGCCUCAGCGGCCUCGCCUCCGCCAUCGCCAUCGCCCUCUCCGGCCACGCCGUCACCGUCUUCGAAGCCGCCAAGGAACUCCAAGAAGUCGGCGCCGGCCUGCAAAUGACCCCCAACGCCACCCGCAUCCUCCGCCGCCUCGGGAUCCCCACCCGCUUCUGGGAGCAGGCCGCCGAGCCCACCUUCGUCCAGGUCCACCGCUACUCGGGCGAGGUCCUCAUGACGGACCCGGCCUUCGACGUCGGCAUGCGCGCCAAGUACGGCGCUCCCUUUGUCGACGUGCACCGUGUGGAUCUCCAGCUGACCUUGUACGAGCGCGCGCGUGCCCUCGGCGUGCGUUUUCACCUCGACGAGCGGAUUCACAGCGUUGAUUUUGACAUGCCCGAGGUGAUUACGAGCUCGGGUGCCGUCUUUGAGGCUGAUCUCAUCGCCGCGUCCGACGGGGAUUUGGCGUACCGCAUCGUUUUGGAGCUCGAUCAGAUUGCUGAUCCGGAGCUCGCGGACUGGGUGCGCAACCCGUCGGUGCACUUUUGGGCGGGGCCGGGCGCGCAUGCUGUGGGCUACUCGCUGCGGGCGGGCAAGAUGUACAAUAUCGUUUUGCUCGUGCCGGAUAACUUACCGGCCAACGUGUACAAGGAUACCGGGUCCGUUGAUGAGAUGAGGGAGCUGUUUAAGGAUUGGGAUCCGAUAUUAAACAGGUUCCUGGCGCUCGUGAGCAAGGUGGAUCGCUGGAAGUUGAUGCACCGCGAGGAACUCCCAUCCGGAGAUUCCUGCCAUCCCAUGCUUCCCUACCUCGCCCAGGGCGCCAACUCCGCUAUCGAGGACGGCACCGUCCUUGGCCUUCUCCUCGGCCACCUGCAAUCCAAGGAGCAGCUACCACAGGCUCUCAAGAUGUACGAGGCCCUACGCAAAUCCCGCGGCGAGGCCAUCGUCAAGGAAGCUUUCAAGCAGCGCGACUCCUUCCACAUGGUCGACGGCCCCGAGCAGGAGGCCCGUGAUGCGCUGCUCCGCGCGCCUAUCAAGGCUCCUUACCCCAGCCGAUGGAGCUGUCCCCAGGUCCAGUCCUGGCUGUACGGCUAUGACGCCUUCAAGGAGGUCGAAGAGGCUAUCGCCGCCAAACCUUACACUUCUACCGCCACCCAGGUGAUUCCCCUAUUUCCACCACUGUCGAGGCGCCGCGGGUACCAGCGACAGAGCUCACACAGUUCGGGCCCCGGUUCAUCGUUCGAGGGCAAAGUCCCCGACAGCAAGGACGCUAGCGGUACGGCGAGCAGUACCGUGGCGGAAGGCGAGGCCGCCAAGGAAGAUAAGGCGGGAGAGGCCAGGGUGGAGGACGCGACGCCGGCUGGAAAGCAAGGCGCUGGCACGACGAAACAGCGAGGGGGUCUAUUAGCCAGGCUCAGGAGAAUCUUGUGCAUCGAGUAA